UCAACAAGUUGGAUGGAUCCAAUGCGUGGAUCUCGUCAACAUAGGAUAAAAGGUUUUCCUGAAGUUGAUGUGGAAGAGCAAAGACGAGCAUUCAGGCGAUAUGAACAACAAAUGGAAGACUAUGAGCUAGCACGUAGAAUUCAAGAGCAGGAAAAUCGGCAAAAUGAAGGUGAAAGGCCUGAUUUUCCGAAUGGUGGAGGGAAUUGGGAUUUGGACAGCGAUAAUGACGAUGAAGAAAUGAUGGAUGAAGAAGAGGAAGAAUUUUCCGAUGAUGCUACAUAUUCUGCACCAAGAGAAACUGACAGAAUAGAUAAUAGAAAUGCAUCACAACACGUAAGAGUACCAACAAGCCAUCGAUCUGUAUUUUUUAAUGUCGAAGAAGAUGUCGAUUCUGAGAUGAGUGAUGAAGAUGAAGAGGAUGACGAAGAGGAAGAAAAUUAUCAUCGAGCACAUGAAGGCCACCAAAUCGCUUCAAGAAUAAGACGAGAACCAAUUUCACGAGUUGUGUUCAGUGAUGAUGAGGAAGACAGCGAGAUAACAGACGAGGAUGAAGAAGAAUCUGAAUUCAGAAGGUCUAAUUUAGUUACAGGCGGUCCUCGUCGACUACAUUUUCAUACUGAUGAGGAAGAAGACGAUAGUGACAUGGAUGAUGAAGAUGAGGAAGAAUCCGACGACUCGAAUUCGCCGAAUUCCGCAGCUGCGGUAGCAUCACAUACUGGUCCAACACUACGGAGAUCAAAUAAUAGUCGAUCAUCUGGAUUCCGUCCUGAAAGCGAUUCGAUCAUCUGGGAUUCGGAUAGUGAAUAUGACGACGAGGAAGAUUCAAUUGAUAGUCCCAUAGGUUCAACAGAGACGAGAUCUCUUCAAAAUGGGGUCCAGAAUAGAUUCACAACGUCGUUUGAUCGUCGAUCCAGUAAUGAUGAGGAUGACGAAGAAAAUAGUUUUGAUUCCGAAAUCUCGGACAGUUAUAUGAGUUAUUCAGAUGGUCCUGGCACAUCAAUGCCAAUCAGGCCUAUUCGAACAGGAACUCCUGAUGGAACAUGGGGAGAUUGCACAAUGUGCUUUGAAGUUCCUAUCGAGCCACAAGGAUGUAAUCGUUGUCAGCAAAUAAUUGGGUGUAGCGCAUGCAUUGUUCACUGGCAUCAUCAUGCUCUUUCUCCAUCUUGCCCUCUUUGUCGACGAAGAUGGUCUCGACAACCGGAUGUUUCAAAUAUGAAUGUGAUUUCGCAAAGAAGUACUAUCGCUCAUCGUCGUUUUUAAAUCAGAGCAAAAUCGAUAAUCAAACAAAUGAAAAUUCCACCGUUUCACAAAUUGUAUAUUGACAUUGCAUUAUCUGUAUAAAAUAUUGAUCCGUUU